AUGAAACUCUGCGUGACUGUCCUGUCUCUCCUCGUGCUGGUGGCUGUCUUCUGCUCUCCAGCACUCUCAGCACCAAUGGGCUCAGACCCUCCCACGGCCUGCUGUUUCUCCUAUACCCUGCGGAAGCUUCCUCGCAACUUUGUGGUAGAUUACUACGACACCAGCAGCCUCUGCUCCCAGCCAGCCGUGGUGUGA